UCGUCGUUCUCCGCCCACGCUCUCACUGCUCUCUCUCUCUCUCUCUCUCUCUCUCUCUCUCUCGCCACGCCCCUUCUCCUCUUCUCUCCCAAACCCUAACCCCUUUCUUUUCAUCUCUUUCCCCUUCUCUUCAUUUUCCAUCUUCUCUUAUCUUCCCUCUCCAUAAAUUCUUUUUCAACUUCCUUACUCAGUGGAGCCAAUUUUCACUGACGACGGAUAUCUCUCUUCACCAAUGUCUGUUGCUACCAAGCUCCAAUCCCAUGUUAAACCGGCUUUGGAGCCCCGAGCUAUUCUUGGACCUGGCGGGAACAGAGAUAGGGCGCCUCAGAACCCCAAAUGUAAACCCGAAACUUUAAAGAAGACGGAGAAGCAGAGCAAGGCGCUUCCGGCCAUUUCUGAAUCCGUUAUCCGAGAUAAUGUCUCCGUCGGGAGUUCCUGCUCUUCUGAUUCUUUAUCCAGUAAUUAUUCUGCCAAAUUGUUGAAGCCCUACGCUGUGAAGCCUGUUUCGGCCGGCGGUGAUUCAAACGCCACCACAACGUCGCCUGCGCUCUCGCUUCCGGGGAAACGCUGUGAUUGGAUAACGCUUCAUUCGGAUCCACUUUACAUCGCUUUUCAUGAUGAAGAAUGGGGAGUCCCAAUUCAUGACGACAAGAAGCUGUUUGAGUUACUUGUAUUAUCACAAGCCUUAGCAGAACUUACUUGGCCCUUGAUUCUUAGCAAAAGAGAUGUAUUUAGGAAAGUUUUGAAUGAUUUUGACCCAUCUUCAAUCGCACAGUUCACAGAGAACGAGUUUACGACACUAAAAGUAAAUGGCAUCCAACUCCUGUCUGAACCGAAGCUUCGUGCAAUUGUUGACAACGCUAACCAAGUACUCAAGAUUCAAAAGGAAUUUGGUUCCUUCAGCAACUAUUGUUGGAGCUUUGUUAACAAGAAGCCUAUACGAAACAGACAUCGAUACAAUCGUCAAGUACCUGUGAAGACGCCGAAAGCAGAGUUCAUGAGCAAGGAUAUGAUCAGGAGGGGAUUCCGUUGCGUCGGGCCAACUGUGGUUUAUUCCUUCAUGCAGGUGGCUGGAAUUGUUAACGAUCACUUGGUGAGUUGCUUCAGAUAUGAGGAGUGUGACCCAAAGGUAAAAGACGAUAAGAAAUUAAGAGUAGAAGAUAAACGGUAGGAGUCACUUAGGGGAGCUUUGGAGAAGCCUUGCUUGACUUAGAUGCUGACAGCUGAUUCAUACAAAAAGGUUUAUCUCUAACUAAUCUUACAAAAUCAUUGUAAUAAAAUGGUUAUGUUGUUGAUCUGAUGCUGAAUAGUUUGAGUUCGUUUUUGUUUAGAGUUUUAUAAUUGCUUAUUUGUAGAUGAUGUUAUAACGUAAUUGUAAUUUGUAUUUACAAACAACAAACACACCGUUGGUUUCUUGUAAUUAUUUCUCAAACUGCAGAAUAUGCUCCCAAAUGUGAUAUUUUUCUCUUCUCCAACAA